UCGCUGGUUCUCCCUCUCCCCGGGCGGUGGAAAGGAUCCCACUUCCGGUGGGGUGUCAUGGCGGCGUCUCGGACUGUGAUGGCUGUGGGGAAACGGCGCUAGUGGGGAGAGCGACCAAGAGGCCCCCUCCCCUCCCCGGGUCCCCCUCCCCCGCCCCCCUCCCCCUAGCCUCCUCGCCAACGCCCCCUUCCCCUCUCCCCCUCCCAGCUCGGCGCAGGCCCCCCAUCCCCACCCCCGUGGGAACGUUCGGAGCCUGCACUCCUCAGACCCUCUCUUCGACUCUUCCCUCACCUCAGCCCCCGCUCCCCACCCUCUUCCUUGCUCAGGGCGCCGGCCGCCCCGUCCCUCCGCCGCCCCCCGGCCGCGGGGAGGACAUGGCCGCGCACAGGCCGGUGGAAUGGGUCCAGGCCGUGGUCAACCGCUUCGACGAUCAGCUUCCAAUAAAAACAGGACAGCAGAACACACAUACCAAAGUCAGUACUGAACACAACAAGGAAUGUCUUAUCAAUAUUUCCAAAUACAAGUUUUCUUUGGUUAUAAGCGGCCUCACUACUAUCUUAAAGAAUGUUAACAAUAUGAGAAUAUUUGGAGAAGCUGCUGAAAAAAAUUUAUAUCUCUCUCAGUUGAUUAUAUUGGAUACACUGGAAAAAUGUCUUGCUGGGCAACCAAAGGACACAAUGAGAUUAGAUGAAACAAUGCUCGUCAAACAGUUGCUGCCAGAAAUCUGCCAUUUCCUUCACACCUGUCGUGAAGGAAACCAACAUGCAGCUGAGCUUCGGAAUUCCGCCUCUGGGGUUUUAUUUUCUCUCAGCUGCAACAACUUCAACGCGGUCUUCAGUCGCAUUUCUACCAGGUUACAGGAAUUGACCGUUUGUUCAGAAGACAAUGUUGAUGUUCAUGAUAUAGAAUUGUUACAGUAUAUCAAUGUGGAUUGUGCAAAAUUAAAACGACUCCUGAAGGAAACAGCAUUUAAAUUUAAAGCCCUAAAGAAGGUUGCACAGUUAGCAGUUAUAAAUAGCCUGGAAAAAGCAUUUUGGAACUGGGUAGAAAAUUACCCAGAUGAAUUUACAAAGCUAUACCAGAUUCCACAGACUGAUAUGGCUGAGUGUGCAGAAAAACUCUUUGACUUGGUGGAUGGUUUUGCAGAAAGCACCAAACGUAAAGCGGCAGUUUGGCCACUACAGAUCAUUCUUCUUAUCUUGUGUCCAGAAGUAAUCCAGGACAUAACCAAGGAUGCGGUUGAUGAAAAUAACAUGAAUAAGAAGUUGUUUCUGGACAGUCUACGAAAAGCACUUGCUGGCCAUGGAGGAAGCAGGCAGCUGACUGAGAGUGCUGCAAUCGCCUGCGUCAAACUGUGUAAAGCAAGCACCUACAUCAAUUGGGAAGAUAACUCCGUCAUCUUCCUGCUAGUUCAGUCCAUGGUGGUUGAUCUUAAGAACCUGCUUUUUAAUCCAAGUAAACCAUUCUCGAGAGGCAGUCAGCCUGCAGAUGUGGAUCUGAUGAUUGACUGCCUCGUUUCUUGCUUUCGUAUAAGCCCUCACAACAACCAACACUUUAAGAUUUGCCUGGCUCAGAAUUCCCCAUCUACAUUUCACUACGUGCUGGUAAAUUCACUCCAUCGAAUCAUCACCAAUUCUGCAUUGGAUUGGUGGCCUAAGAUUGAUGCCGUGUAUUGUCACUCAGUUGAACUUCGAAAUAUGUUUGGUGAAACACUUCAUAAAGCAGUGCAGGGCUGCGGAGCCCACCCAGCAAUACGAAUGGCACCGAGUCUUACGUUUAAAGAAAAAGUAACAAGCCUUAAAUUUAAAGAAAAACCUACAGACCUGGAGACAAGAAGCUAUAAGUAUCUUCUCUUGUCCAUGGUGAAACUAAUUCAUGCAGAUCCAAAGCUCUUGCUUUGUAAUCCAAGAAAGCAGGGGCCUGAAACCCAAGGCAGCACAGCAGAAUUAAUAACGGGACUUGUCCAGCUGGUCCCUCAGUCACACAUGCCAGAGAUCGCUCAGGAAGCAAUGGAGGCCCUGCUUGUUCUUCAUCAGUUGGAUAGCAUUGAUUUGUGGAAUCCCGAUGCUCCUGUGGAAACAUUUUGGGAAAUUAGCUCACAAAUGCUUUUUUAUAUCUGCAAGAAAUUAACAAGCCAUCAAAUGCUUAGUAGCACAGAAAUUCUCAAAUGGUUGCGGGAAAUUUUGAUCUGCAGGAAUAAAUUUCUUCUUAAAAAUAAGCAGGCAGAUAGAAGCUCCUGUCACUUUCUAUUCUUUUACGGGGUAGGAUGUGACAUUCCUUCUAGUGGAACUGCCAGUCAGAUGGCCAUGGAUCACGAAGAGUUACUCCGAACUUGUACUCCUGGAGCCUCUCUCCGGAAGGGGAAAGGGAACACGUCCAUGGAUAGUGCAGCAGGGUGCAGUGGAACCCCACCAAUAUGCCGACAGGCCCAGACCAAACUGGAAGUGGCCUUGUACAUGUUUCUGUGGAGCCCUGACACUGAAGCUGUUCUGGUUGCCAUGUCCUGUUUCCGCCACCUCUGUGAGGAAGCAGAUAUCCGGUGCGGGGUGGACGAGGUGUCAGUGCACAACUUCUUGCCCAACUACAAUACAUUCAUGGAGUUUGCCUCUGUCAGCAAUAUGAUGUCAACGGGGAGAACAGCCCUUCAGAAAAGAGUGAUGGCACUACUAAGGCGCAUUGAGCAUCCCACUGCUGGAAACACUGAGGCUUGGGAAGAUACGCAUGCAAAAUGGGAACAAGCUACAAAACUAAUCCUCAACUAUCCAAAAGCCAAAAUGGAAGAUGGCCAGGCUGCUGAAAGCCUUCACAAGACCAUUGUUAAGAGGCGAAUGUCUCAUGUGAGUGGAGGAGGAUCCAUCGACUUGUCUGACACGGACUCCCUACAGGAGUGGAUCAACAUGACUGGCUUCCUCUGUGCCCUUGGGGGAGUAUGCCUGCAGCAGAGGAGCAAUUCUGGCCUGGCCACCUAUAGCCCUCCCAUGGGCCCCGUCAGCGAACGCAAGGGUUCCAUGAUUUCAGUGAUGUCCUCAGAAGGAAAUGCAGAUACCCCUGUCAGCAAAUUUAUGGACCGACUGCUGUCCUUAAUGGUGUGUAACCAUGAGAAAGUAGGGCUGCAGAUACGGACCAAUGUGAAGGACCUGGUGGGUCUAGAAUUGAGUCCUGCGCUUUAUCCAAUGCUAUUUAACAAACUGAAGAAUACCAUCAGCAAAUUCUUUGACUCACAAGGACAGGUUUUACUGACUGACACCAAUACUCAGUUUGUAGAGCAAACCAUCGCUAUAAUGAAGAACUUACUAGAUAACCAUACUGAAGGCAGCUCUGAACACCUGGGGCAAGCUAGCAUUGAAACAAUGAUGUUAAAUUUGGUCAGAUAUGUUCGUGUGCUUGGGAAUAUGGUCCAUGCAAUUCAGAUAAAAACGAAACUGUGUCAGUUAGUCGAGGUAAUGAUGGCAAGGAGAGACGACCUCUCAUUUUGUCAAGAGAUGAAGUUUAGGAAUAAGAUGGUAGAAUACUUGACAGACUGGGUUAUGGGAACAUCAAACCAAGCAGCAGAUGAUGAUGUCAAAUGUCUUACAAGAGACUUGGACCAGGCAAGCAUGGAAGCAGUGGUUUCACUCCUGGCUGGUCUUCCGCUGCAGCCCGAGGAAGGAGAUGGUGUGGAACUAAUGGAAGCCAAAUCACAGUUAUUUCUUAAGUAUUUCACAUUGUUUAUGAACCUUUUGAACGACUGUAGUGAAGUUGAAGAUGAAAAUGCACAGACAGGUGGCAGGAAACGUGGCAUGUCUCGGAGGCUGGCCUCAUUGAGGCACUGUACAGUCCUUGCGAUGUCCAACUUGCUCAAUGCUAAUGUGGACAGCGGCCUCAUGCACUCUAUAGGUUUAGGUUAUCACAAAGAUCUUCAGACAAGAGCUACAUUUAUGGAAGUUCUGACAAAAAUCCUCCAACAAGGCACAGAAUUUGACACACUUGCAGAAACAGUGUUGGCAGAUCGGUUUGAGAGAUUGGUGGAGCUGGUCACGAUGAUGGGUGAUCAGGGAGAGCUCCCUAUAGCUAUGGCCCUGGCCAACGUGGUUCCUUGUUCUCAGUGGGAUGAACUAGCUCGAGUUCUGGUGACUCUCUUUGAUUCUCGGCAUUUACUCUACCAACUGCUCUGGAACAUGUUUUCUAAGGAAGUAGAAUUGGCAGACUCCAUGCAGACUCUUUUCCGAGGCAACAGCUUAGCUAGUAAAAUAAUGACCUUCUGUUUCAAGGUAUACGGUGCUACCUACCUACAAAAACUCCUGGAUCCUUUAUUACGAAUUGUGAUCACAUCCUCUGAUUGGCAGCACGUGAGCUUUGAAGUGGACCCUACCAGGUUAGAACAGUCAGAGAGCCUUGAGGAAAACCAGCGGAACCUCCUUCAGAUGACUGAAAAGUUCUUCCAGGCCAUCAUCAGUUCCUCCUCAGAAUUUCCCCCUCAGCUUCGAAGUGUGUGCCACUGUUUAUACCAGGCAACUUGCCACUCCCUACUGAAUAAAGCUACAGUAAAAGAAAAAAAGGAAAACAAAAAAUCAGUGGUUAGCCAGCGUUUUCCUCAGAACAGCAUCGGUGCAGUAGGAAGUGCCAUGUUCCUCAGAUUUAUCAAUCCUGCCAUUGUCUCACCGUAUGAAGCAGGGAUUUUAGAUAAAAAGCCACCACCUAGAAUUGAAAGGGGCUUGAAGUUAAUGUCAAAGAUACUUCAGAGUAUUGCCAAUCAUGUUCUCUUCACAAAAGAAGAGCAUAUGCGGCCUUUUAAUGAUUUUGUAAAAAGCAACUUUGAUGCAGCACGAAGGUUUUUCCUUGAUAUAGCAUCUGAUUGUCCCACAAGUGAUGCAGUAAAUCAUAGUCUUUCCUUCAUCAGUGAUGGCAAUGUGCUUGCUUUACAUCGUCUGCUCUGGAACAAUCAGGAGAAAAUUGGCCAGUAUCUUUCCAGCAAUAGGGAUCACAAAGCUGUGGGGAGACGGCCUUUUGAUAAGAUGGCAACACUUCUUGCGUACCUGGGGCCUCCGGAGCACAAACCUGUGGCAGAUACACACUGGUCCAGUCUUAACCUUACUAGUUCAAAGUUUGAGGAAUUCAUGACUAGGCAUCAAGUACAUGAAAAAGAAGAAUUCAAGGCUUUGAAAACAUUAAGUAUUUUCUACCAAGCUGGGACUUCCAAAGCUGGGAAUCCUAUAUUUUAUUAUGUUGCACGGAGGUUCAAAACUGGUCAAAUCAAUGGGGAUUUGCUAAUAUAUCAUGUCUUGCUGACUUUAAAGCCAUAUUAUGCAAAGCCAUAUGAAAUUGUAGUGGACCUUACCCAUACUGGGCCUAGCAAUCGCUUUAAAACGGACUUCCUCUCUAAGUGGUUUGUUGUUUUUCCUGGCUUUGCUUAUGACAACGUCUCCGCAGUUUACAUCUAUAACUGUAACUCCUGGGUCAGGGAGUAUACCAAGUAUCAUGAGCGACUACUGACUGGCCUCAAAGGCAGCAAAAGGCUCAUUUUCAUAGACUGCCCCGGGAAGCUGGCUGAGCACAUAGAACACGAACAACAGAAACUGCCCGCUGCCACCUUGGCUUUAGAAGAGGACCUGAAGGUGUUCCACAAUGCUCUCAGGCUAGCUCACAAAGACACCAAAGUUUCUAUUAAAGUUGGUUCUACUGCUGUUCAGGUAACCUCAGCAGAGCGAACAAAAGUCCUGGGGCAGUCAGUCUUUCUAAAUGAUAUCUAUUAUGCUUCGGAAAUUGAAGAAAUCUGCCUGGUGGAUGAGAACCAGUUCACCUUAACCAUCGCAAACCAGGGCACACCACUCACCUUCAUGCACCAGGAGUGUGAUGCCAUUGUCCAGUCUAUCAUUCACAUCCGGACGCGCUGGGAGCUGUCGCAGCCUGAUUCCAUCCCCCAGCACACCAAGAUUCGGCCCAAAGAUGUCCCUGGGACACUGCUCAAUAUUGCAUUGCUCAAUUUAGGCAGUUCAGACCCGAGUUUACGGUCAGCUGCCUAUAAUCUUCUGUGUGCCUUAACUUGUACCUUUAAUUUAAAAAUCGAGGGCCAGUUACUAGAGACAUCAGGUUUAUGUAUCCCUGCUAACAACACCCUCUUCAUCGUCUCGAUUAGUAAGACGCUGGCUGCCAAUGAGCCACACCUCACCUUAGAAUUUUUGGAAGAGUGUAUUUCUGGAUUUAGCAAGUCUAGUAUUGAAUUGAAACACCUUUGUUUAGAAUACAUGACUCCAUGGCUGUCAAAUCUGGUCCGUUUUUGUAAGCACAACGAUGAUGCCAAACGACAAAGAGUUACUGCUAUUCUGGAUAAGCUAAUAACAAUGACCAUAAAUGAGAAGCAGAUGUACCCAUCCAUCCAAGCAAAAAUAUGGGGGAGCCUUGGGCAGAUUACAGAUCUCCUUGAUGUUGUACUAGACAGUUUCAUCAAAACCAGUGCAACGGGUGGCUUGGGAUCGAUAAAAGCUGAGGUGAUGGCAGAUACUGCUGUAGCUCUGGCUUCUGGAAACGUGAAAUUGGUUUCAAGCAAGGUUAUUGGAAGGAUGUGCAAAAUAAUUGACAAGACAUGCUUAUCUCCGACCCCUACUUUAGAGCAGCAUCUCAUGUGGGACGAUAUUGCUAUUCUCGCGCGCUACAUGCUAAUGCUGUCCUUCAACAACUCUCUGGAUGUAGCAGCUCAUCUCCCCUACCUCUUCCACGUGGUCACGUUCUUAGUGGCCACAGGGCCACUCUCCCUUAGAGCUUCCACACACGGAUUGGUCAUUAAUAUCAUUCACUCUCUGUGUACUUGUUCACAGCUUCAUUUUAGUGAAGAGACCAAGCAGGUUUUGAGACUCAGUUUGACAGAGUUCUCAUUACCCAAAUUUUACUUGCUGUUUGGCAUCAGCAAAGUGAAGUCAGCCGCUGUCAUUGCCUUCCGCUCCAGUUACCGGGACAGGUCAUUCUCUCCUGGCUCCUAUGAGAGGGAGACUUUCGCUUUGACAUCCUUGGAAACAGUCACAGAGGCUUUGCUAGAGAUCAUGGAGGCAUGUAUGAGAGAUAUUCCCACAUGCAAGUGGCUGGACCAGUGGACAGAACUAGCUCAAAGAUUUGCAUUUCAAUAUAAUCCAUCCCUUCAACCAAGAGCUCUUGUUGUCUUCGGCUGCAUUAGCAAACGAGUGUCUCAUGGGCAGAUAAAGCAGAUUAUCCGUAUUCUCAGCAAGGCACUUGAGAGUUGCUUAAAAGGACCUGAUACUUACAACAGUCAAGUUCUGAUAGAGGCCACAGUAAUAGCACUAACCAAAUUACAGCCGCUCCUUAAUAAGGACUCCCCUUUGCACAAAGCCCUCUUUUGGGUAGCUGUGGCUGUGCUGCAGCUUGACGAGGUCAACUUGUAUUCAGCAGGCACCGCACUCCUGGAACAAAACCUGCACACCUUAGACAGUCUCCGGAUAUUCAAUGACAAGAGCCCGGAGGAGGUGUUUAUGGCGAUCCGGAACCCUCUGGAAUGGCACUGCAAGCAAAUGGAUCAUUUUGUUGGACUCAAUUUCAACUCGAACUUUAACUUUGCCCUGGUUGGGCACCUCUUAAAAGGGUACAGACAUCCUUCACCUGCCAUUGUUGCCAGAACAGUCAGAAUUUUGCAUACGCUACUAACUCUGGUUAACAAACAUAGAAAUUGUGACAAAUUUGAGGUGAAUACACAGAGCGUGGCUUAUUUAGCAGCUUUACUCACAGUGUCUGAGGAGGUUCGAAGUCGUUGUAGCCUAAAACAUAGAAAGUCUCUUCUUCUUACUGAUAUUUCAAUGGAAAAUGUUCCUAUGGAUACAUAUCCCAUUCAUCAUGGUGACCCUGGCUAUAGGACACUGAAGGAGAAUCAGCCAUGGUCCUCUCCCAAAGGUUCUGAAGGUUACCUUGCAGCCACGUACCCAACUGUGGGCCAGACCAGUCCCCGGGCCAGGAAAUCCAUGAGCUUGGACAUGGGGCAGCCUUCUCAGGCCAACACGAAGAAGUUGCUUGGAACAAGGAAAAGUUUUGAUCACUUGAUAUCAGACACAAAGGCUCCUAAAAGGCAAGAAAUGGAAUCAGGGAUCACAACACCCCCCAAAAUGAGGAGAGUAGCAGAAACUGAUUAUGAAAUGGAAACUCAAAGGAUUUCCUCAGCACAGCAGCAUCCCCAUUUACGGAAAGUCUCCGUGUCAGAAUCGAAUGUUCUCUUGGAUGAAGAAGUACUUACUGAUCCAAAGAUCCAAGCACUUCUUCUUACUGUUCUGGCUACACUGGUAAAAUACACCACGGAUGAGUUUGAUCAACGAAUUCUUUAUGAAUAUUUAGCAGAAGCCAGUGUUGUUUUCCCCAGAGUUUUUCCUGUUGUGCACAAUUUGUUGGACUCUAAGAUCAACACCUUAUUGUCGUUGUGCCAAGAUCCAAAUUUAUUAAAUCCAAUUCAUGGAAUUGUGCAGAGUGUGGUAUACCAUGAAGAGUCCCCACCACAGUACCAGACGUCUUACCUGCAGAGUUUUGGGUUUAAUGGCUUGUGGCGGUUUGCAGGACCCUUUUCAAAGCAAACACAAAUCCCAGACUAUGCUGAGCUUAUUGUUAAGUUUCUUGAUGCCUUGAUUGACACGUAUUUGCCUGGAAUUGAUGAAGAAGCCAGUGAGGAGUCCCUCCUGACACCCACAUCUCCUUAUCCUCCUGCAGUGCAGAGCCAGCUUAGUAUUACUGCUAACCUUAACCUUUCUAAUUCCAUGACCUCACUUGCAACUUCCCAGCAUUCCCCAGGAAUUGACAAGGAGAACGUGGAGCUCUCCCCAACCACCGGGCACUGUAAUAGUGGACGGACUCGCCAUGGAUCCGCAAGCCAGGUGCAGAAGCAAAGAAGCACUGGCAGUUUCAAACGUAAUAGCAUUAAGAAGAUCGUGUGAAGCCUUCUUUCUUUCCUUGUUCAAGGAGACUUAACUUCCACGGGCUCUUCACCAGUGACCCGUCACCACCGUGCUGUGAUGCUGCACCUCACGUUUGUAAAGAGCCCGUCUGUCCGUCUGCCAUGUUGCCGGGUGACCCAUUCUUGGAAGCAUUGCCUAAAUUUAAUGCUGCUUUUUCUUUAACUUCUUUCCUCCUACUUUUGGUGUGUCUGUUUAAGCAAGUGUUCGAACGACUUCAAAGAAAGUGGGAGGUCAGGACACUUGAACUGAAAACAUCCCAGUGUGAGAGGGGAUGGGUUCUUACUGCUCCUGCUGGCCAGCUAUGACAGCCAUUUGCACAGAGCUCUGCCUUCCAUUUCCCCUCCAUCCUGCAAAGCAAAGUGUUAGCCUUAUUUACAUACUUUUCAAGGUAGAAGUUUAUGUGAGGAACAUUAUGAUAACCCCAAUAUAUUUAAUCUGACUUUUAGCUGUGGACUUUUUUUUACCCUCCAAAACUGAAGGAACCAUAGAGGUCAAGCCUUAGUGACUUCACACCGUAAAGCCACCGGCGAGGUACUCUGAGGGGUGGAGGGAUCACUGUUUUGUAGCGGGUUCUUAAGAAAUACUAACACUUCAGGAUUGUCAGUAAUCACGAAAUAAGUGUGACCACAUAUGUCUUAACAUUACUGAAUUUUAAAGCAAAAGGUUCUGAGGCCUGAUCCAAACUCAGUCAUUCGAAUUAGUUUAUUUUCUUUCCAGCUGAUUAUCUUUUAAUCUUUAAAUAUGCUAAAAGUUGUUGUUCUUUGCUUUUGUAAGCCAAAACUAUACUAAGUAUAGUAAUUAUAUAUUUCCUCCUCCUCCUCUUUACUAAGUACUUCUGAGCAGGGUAGCCAGUGAACAAAGUGUUGAAAAGUGUUCCUACGAGGUAACUUUCACAAACGUUCGCAUUAGCUGCAUAGCAAAGCAGAAUGGUACGUGACUUUUCGAUUAGCUAUUGCUUUUAUUUUGUUUAAUAAUUUCCCCAGAAGCGGAGUAUGAUGUAUAUUAACAAAAAUGCCUUUGAUAAAAUAUAGUUUAAAUGUCUUGUAUUCCUCCCCCUUCCCUCCAAAAGAAUCAGGAAUCUCUUGAGCAAAACAUUUGGCUUGUGUGUGGCAGAAUCGCUUUUGAUCACUGUGAACAGGCCAGUCGGCCUGGUGUGACAGCAGAGAACCAUCAGAGGUGCUGCACUGCGUGGGGCGGAUCGUACUGGCCCCGGGUUUCCAUGGUGACGCAGAUCCAGUUUCUCUGGGAUGUUAUCAUUUAGGACUAAAACAUAUUUAUUACAAGAAGAUAUUACCCCCUAGUUCCAGGUUCCCUUCAUAUUUUAAGAUGUAAUGGCUUCAGGAGGGGAGAGAAACCCAGGGGAGGGGGCAGUUUCCAGUAGUGCUGUUUCAUCAGUGGAUUUCAGUAAAUUAAAUUCCACAGCUAAAUCAAUGAAUAAUGGUACAUGUAAGUGUUCUGAUUUUAAUAAUAUAACACAUUUCACAUUUAUCCACACAGUAACAAUGUAAUAUGUUCAUGUAAAUAAAAUUGCUUUUGAUAUUCAGAAAUAACAAGAAUUUAAUCUUUUUAAUUUGUUUACAGUCCUGGGAAAAGAACCGUUGCCAAAAUAAAAGGAAAAAAACCCUUAGUACUAGUAGGUAUUUUGGCAUAGAAUUAUUGGAAAAUAUUGAAGACAGGUGCAAUCAACUAAACUUUUGUUUUUAACUAUUGUAGAGGCUGCAUUAGAAUAGAAUGUUUAUAAUAACAGAGCAACUAAGACCAUAAAGAAGCUAAGACUAGAACUGAGUUUAGAAGUAGGUCCUUAACAGCCCAAAACCAAGGACGCCGAGUUGCUGCUGUCCAGGCCCGGGUCCUCGCACACCCAGUGCGUCCGGGGUGGGUCUCACCGCCUGGGCUCCUGGAACAGAAGCAAAUGUGAGCCUUCCGUCAUUCGGCUCCCCGGUUUUCCUCGUUUGGGGGCGAUUUGGUGCAUAUGACAGCAGGUAUCGUUACGCUGUGUUGCUUCUCCCAUCAAAACAGAUAAACUCCAAAGGUUUACUGUUAAAAAUACUCUUCCGUAAACAAGUUUUCCGAGGUAUGAUAUUUCUUAAAUGUGUUCAUUAUUUCCCUCUAGUGUGUGAAUGGAAGGAAUUCACUUGAAGCACCUCAUGAAAUGGUCAGCGUUGCACAAAUCAAAACAGAUUUCUCUGAACCGCAGAAGUGCUUUUGACCCGUGCAUCCUGGAACUGGAAAACUUACCAAGUUUAAGCUUUUCCUUGUGUAGCAAGAGCUUCUGACUUUUGAGGGGAAUCUAGUUUUCCAAAUAACUAAAAUGAACAACAUAUCUCGCACCAGGAUGCCUCCCCUGAGAAAGGAGAUGCCUUUUUAGGCCUCGUACCUGUAAUCUGCACGAGAAAUUCUGACGUUCAGAGCACGUUGCCCAUUUUGCAAAGUCAGAUGUUUUAUAAAAAACAUCAUAGGUCAUGUGUUUUGGGUUCAUGGAUGUUUCCCCAGAAUUUUUAUUAUUUUUCUUAUUGUCGUUGUUUGUUUUUGACCCCCUGACUUUUUAAAGAGGAAAACAUUAACUCCUCAUAUAUGUCUUGUGCAUAAUGUACCUAUUUUGUCCCUGCUCCAGCCCCAGGGGCGUGCCCUCGUUGGCCAGCGUGGAGAACGCGGUGCAGUAGCCUCGGGGAGAGUGGCGAGCGCUCUUUCCUCGGCCGCCUGGCACCCAAGCGCCGUCCGUCCUCAGGCGCCAGCUCGGCGGGCCCCAUGCGCGGUCCACGUCCGCCCACGGAAGGGGCGCGCUGGGGUGCACAGCGGGAGCCAGCGGCCCUUCCUGCUUGGUGGGCUUUAGGGCUUUUCCAAGUCGUUUUGGGGGCUUUGGGUUUUGUUUUUACACUGUCCCCUCAUCCCUGGCAUAAUGAGGCAUGUCGUACUCGGUGUCAUGCAACGGACUCACACGGAAAUUCACUCCAGUGUCAGCCAGACAGUUUUCUAAUGCAGUGUAUUCACCUGUACAUAGUUUGUGUAAAAUUUGACAGAAAAGUAUAUUUACUACACUGUAAAUACAUGUGAUGAUAUAUUGUAUUAUUUUGCUUUUUUGUAAAGCAGUUAGUUGCUGUACAUGGAUAACAAACAAAAAUUUGAUUAUUCUCGUGUUAGUAUUGUUAACUUUUUUUCCCACGACUGCAUUACAUCAUUUAAAGAAAAUGCUGUGUAUUGUAAACUUACAUUGUAUAUGAAUACUUCCUCUCCUUUCUCUCAGACCUGAACUCGGGCAGUUCGUCCCCUCGUCCACACCCUUGUGAAUACGUAAGCAGCUGUACGCCAGCAGAGAAGUACUGCCCAGCAGACAAAACCUGUCCCUGUAGGGAAAUUGUAGAAACCUGCUUCACAUCAUUGUCGCCCUGCCCCUCUGCCUUCCCUGUGUAUGUACUCCCCCCUGCCCCCCUUUUUUAAGUAAAGUGUAAAUUCAAUCUGCU